AUGCUGCAACCAGAAGAGCUACAUGCAGUCCUGGGCUCCGACUGGAUGAUAGCACCAUGUUCUCUUGUUGUUUAUGGGAUGACGGUGGGUAUACGGGUUGGGGACGAGCCUAGUAUCGUAACUUUUGGUCAUCUUGACCAAUGGGUAUUUCCAUGGAGAAGAGUUGUGGCGCCUGUAGCGUCUAUUCGUGCUGCAUGCAUGCCCGUACCUGGUACAUAG